GUCAGGUGUGCUCCUCCCACAGGUGUUCAGGUGUAGUAUAAGCCCCGCCCCCUGUCCUGAGCUCUAUAUUAGAGCACCGUUAGGUACUGACCGCAGCUUAACCCUCCUCACAUCACACAGCACAGAAGCCAUCCUCCACUACCAAGACCACAGAGGUCAUGUCGUCCAGUCUGUCAGUACGGAGUUUCUCUCUGGGCCGACAGCCCUCUUUCUCCAGCUUGUCUCUGAGGGACAGUGGACGUGCCCGAUCCAAAGCCGCCGUCUCAUUCGCUGCCUCCAAGCCUCUGUCUCGCUCUGCCUCCAUGAGCAUGUCAGAUCUGAAUGGCCCGAGCAACUUGUCCCUCAACGGCCUUCAUGGCAACAGCACCAAUGAGAAAGAGGCCAUGCAAAGCCUCAACAGCCGACUCGCCAGCUACCUAGACAAGGUCCGCUCUCUGGAGAAGUCCAACGCUGACCUGGAGCUGAGGAUCAAACAACUGAUGCUGGACCGUGUGCCGAAAGGGCACGAUAUUGAUUCCAUGAUGGCCCAAGCCCAUGCUCUGGAACAGGAAGUAAGGAAGAAGACCCUGGAGAGCGCUCGGAUCAUGCUUGAGAUCGAUAACGCCAAGCUGGCUGCAGAUGAUUUCAGAAUCAAAUGGGAGACGGAGAGUGCGAUGUGUCAGUCAGUGGAGCGGGACUGUGUGGCCCUGAAGAAGGCCAAGUCAGAUCAUGACCAGAUCAUCGCCACACUCCGUAGUGACCUGGACAGCCUGAAAGAGGAACUUUACUUCCUGAGGAAGAAUCAUGAGGAGGAAAUAGACAGCCUGAGGGCCCGGGUCGCCCAAGAGGAAGUCAGUGUGGAGGUGGAUGCGGCCCACGGACCAGAGCUGGGGACAGUUCUCUCUGACCUCAGGUCUCAGUAUGAAGGCAUUGUCCAGAAGAACAAGGAGGAAGCUGAGAGCUGGUACCGUAAAAAGCUUGAGUCGGUGCAGACGCAGGUGCGUGAGAGUAAUGAAGCCCUGAGAGGGGCUCAGAGUGAACUGACCGAGCGACAGCGCUUUCUGCAGACACUGGAAGUGGAACUGGAGAGCCUUCACAAACAGGUGGCGGCCCUGGAGGGUAACCUGGGUGAGACAGGGCAGAAGUACACCUUGGAGAUGGAGCGACUGCAGGCUACCCUGGCCCAGCUGGAGGAAAACCUGUCACAGCUGCGUCUGGACAUGCAGCGCAUCAAGAUGGACUACGAGCAGCUCCUGCGCAUCAAGCAGAACCUGGAGAUGGAGAUCGCAACCUACAGGAGGCUGCUGGAGGGAGAGGAAACGGUUAAAGAGACUCCUCCACCACCUAAGAAGGAGCCUGACGUUCGUACUCGUAAGAUAGUGAAGGUGGUAACGCAAACCAUGAUCAACGGCAAAGUGGUGGACGAAUCCAGCGAAGUUGAACAGAUUGAGGAGACAAAGAAGUAAAACAAGAACAAGACUGUCUGUGUGAUUCUCUGUAUAAAAGCUUCUAUUGUCUAUUUGGGAGCAUCACCACCGUCCCCCACACACAUCCCCCAUUAUUUUUGUUUCAUUCGCAGUCUUUCAAAGAGAUCGUCUUUCCUUUCUCAAGCAACAGAAGAGCUGAAAUGACUAGGAACGCCAUCAGAUUUAGAGCUGAAACUGAAGAAGAAACAAGCGCUCCUGUUAUUGCUUUUAGGGACCAUUUAUUCUUUCUUUCUGCAUGCAAUAUUUAUUUCUAAAUAGUGUAGUGUGAGGAGGAAUUUAUUUACAUAAGUGUUUGCUUAUCUGUUGUUUCUUUCAUUCUUUCUCUGUAAUAAAACUAUUACAUGCAAAUGGCA